AUGGACUUUGAGGGCUACAGCGCUCAAGUCUUCCCUGUUGGUAGGCUGUCUACAGGCUACAGGGGCAGCUACAACGAUGCGCAAGACGCAGAAUUAUACUUGGCGCUCGUCAGACAGGAAGCAUCAAAAGCGCCAAAAGUGCUCAGAGCCACCAUC